AUGACCGUAGCACGUCUUCAACGCUAUGCGAUGUUCCUGGCCGGACAUGACUACACGAUCAUGUACCGCCAAACAGACAAGCAUUGCAACGCCGACGGAUUGUCACGCCUGCCGGUAGGAAAUCCUUCGGCACCAGAUACGGCAGAGGAAGCGGUCAACAUGUUCUACAUGGACCAAUGCGAACCACUCCCAGUGACAGCGGAGCAGAUCAAGGAGGCAACAGCCAGCGACCCGCUAUUGCGAGAGGUCCAUCGCUAUGUGCUCCAAGGUUGGCCGAAGUCGUGCCCAAGAGCAGAGCUACAGCAGUACUUUCAACGCCGCAAUGAGCUUAGCGUUAGCAACGAGCUAUGGGGCAAUCGCAUCAUCAUUCCGCCGCACCCCCGGAACGCUGUCCUGACAGAGCUUGAUGAAGGCCAUCCAGGAAUGGUACGAAUGAAGGCAUUGGCGAGAAGCAUCAUGUGGUGGCCGGGCUUGGACGGUGACAUAGCAGACGUAGUCAAAGCAUACCUCGGAUGCCAAAGUGUCCAGAGCGAACUUGCUGCAGCACCAGUGCACCGAUGGAGUAUGCCAGACCGCGUGUGGCAGCGCGUCCACGUGGAUUACCUUGGUCCAUUGCGGCAAACGAUGUGGCUCGUCAUUGUCGAUGCCCAUUCAAAAUGGCCCGAAGUCAUUCCGAUGCCUUCCACAACGUCUUUGGCUACCAUCGCGAGUCUCAGGACAGUAUUCGCCAGAUAUGGUUGCCCAGACCUCAUCGUCAGCGACAAUGGUCCACAAUUUGCAUCUGCAGAGUUCCUCGCCUCGAACGGCAUUGCUCACAGACGCUCAGCGCGGUACCAUCCAGCGACAAACGGCCAAGCUGAAAGGUUCGUCCAGACCUUUAAACGGGCAAUCCAGGCAGUACCACUGUCAACGCCUGCACAGAUUGCUGCUGACCGGUUCCUAAUGAGCUACCGCCGAGGAGUCCAUCCGGCUACAAACGCAACGCCUGCGACGCAGUUCCUAGGCCGUCAGCUACGAUCACGUCUGGAUUUGUUGCGACCGUCGACGGCACAACAGAACGCCAAGACGCCCACCGAAGUGCCUGCUGGCAAGGCACGAUCCUUCGAGGUUGGAGGCGCCGGUCUAGCACGCGAUUUCAGGAACGCCAACCAUCCCGGAUGGAUCUUGAGAAGCUUGGGUCUCGUACGUACAUGA